CGGGCCCCGCCUCUCUCUCCCGAGAGGGCGGGCACCAGGCGGCGGCCGCAGCCGCAGCCGCAGGAAUAUGCUGGAAGGCGGCGGGCGGGCUCCCGCGAGGUGCUGAAGGGACAGUUCCCGCCGCCGAACUUACCCCGCGGGUGGGGCGGCCCGGGAGCCAGCGGGGCACGUGAGCGAUGGAGACCAUCUGGAUCUACCAGUUCCGCCUCAUCGUGAUCGGGGACUCCACCGUGGGCAAGUCCUGCCUCCUGCACCGCUUCACCCAGGGCCGCUUCCCCGGGCUGCGCUCCCCCGCCUGCGACCCCACCGUCGGCGUGGACUUCUUCUCCCGCCUGCUGGAGAUCGAGCCGGGCAAGAGGAUCAAGCUGCAGCUCUGGGACACGGCGGGACAGGAGCGGUUCAGAUCAAUAACUCGAUCUUAUUACCGCAACUCAGUUGGUGGAUUUUUAGUAUUUGACAUUACUAACCGACGAUCUUUUGAACAUGUGAAAGAUUGGCUAGAAGAGGCAAAAAUGCACGUACAGCCAUUUCGGAUUGUAUUUCUGCUAGUGGGACAUAAAUGUGAUUUAGCUUCACAACGUCAGGUUACAAGGGAAGAAGCUGAAAAACUGUCAGCAGACUGUGGAAUGAAGUAUAUAGAAACCUCAGCAAAGGAUGCUACAAACGUCGAAGAAUCCUUCACAAUCUUGACAAGAGACAUAUAUGAACUUAUUAAAAAGGGAGAAAUUUGUAUUCAGGAUGGCUGGGAAGGGGUUAAAAGUGGUUUUGUUCCAAAUACUGUGCAUUCUUCUGAGGAAGCGGUAAAGCCCAGGAAGCAGUGCUUCUGCUGACUCCCAGCAUGCCAAAGAACUGACAGGAACGGACUGGGUGUCACUUCAGGAAAAUACCAACAUCAACAGCAGAAUGAUGCAGUAAGGCUUUAAAAGGUCACACACCCACACUAAUACUACUUUGUACGGCAUUUGAUUCAGAGCGUUAUGCUUACUCGUUACACUCCCAGAUUGGGCAUUUUGCUAAAUCAUCAGGCAAAGCGGACAACCUUUUUCUUGAAACGGGAAAAUCUACGUAGUUACCUCCGUUCUUACUUUGUUAGCGUACGCUGACCUUAGUGUCCAGAUAUGUCAACCUUACUCGUUUCUCUUGACAGUUUGAAUGGAUUUUUGUACAUAUAUAGUCAAUUGAAGCGAUUAUAUCAGGAAUUACGUUCUCUUGAGUUAAUUAAUAUGAAUUCCAAAGUGCAUUUAAAUAUGCACUGUUCACCUGCAGAGUAAAGCAUCUCAGAAGUAUUCACCAGGACGGAAACAGCAGUUCCUUGUACGAGGUACCAGGCUUUUUCCCCACUCUUUGGAAAUGUUUGUCCGCCCUUAAUUUUGCCUCAACACAAGAAGUUUCAUGUUCGUUUUUGUUCCCUAAUUAUUACUCCUAAAACUGCAUUAUGUUUUACAGAGAUGUCUAAGGAUCAAGCAAAAUAUUUUAAGCAAAUAUUGGUAAAAUUUAAAACAGAGGACUGCUCACCAAAUGUUUGCUGUUUUUUGAGACAGGGUCUUGUUUUGUCACCCAGGCUGGAGUGCAGUGGCAAAAUCUUGGCUCCCUGCAACCUCUGCUUCCCGGGUUCAAGUGAUUCUCAGUACCUUACCUCAGACCCCUGAAUAGCUGGAACUGCAGAUGUGUACCACCAUGCCUGGCUAAUUUUAGUAUUUUUAGCAGACACAGGGUUUGUCCAUGUUUCCCAGGCUGAUCUCCCACCUUGGCCUCCAAAGUGCUGGGAUUACAGGCAUGCGCCGCCAUGCCUUAUCUAAAUAUGAACAGUAUACUCUGACAGCAGCAAAUGUUCUGCUGUUACAGUGUACUGUUCAUAUUUAGAUAAGAAAAAUGAAAUUUAUUUAUAUAUUGACAUUUUCAAAAAAUAAAUGCAAUUUACCUUGAACUACUGUCAAAAUUAUUAAUAUAGGUAAACAUAGAAUGUUUUUAGUAAAAGCAUUUUUCUCCAAGUAAAUUUCCAAAUUUCCUCAUUUCCAAUACAAAAAGCAUGCAGAAGAGAUUUUUCUAGACAUGGAAAAUUGGCUAGAUGUUUGAUAUAUUUAGCCUUCAAAUUGCAUUCUACAAUCUCAUCAGCACAAGUGAAGAUAGAAUAAUCAAUUAAGAUGGUAAAAUGACUUUUGAGUUUACUGAUUUUUAACUCAUUGAUUAAAUUCUCCUGGAAGGGAUAUUUUGAUCAUAGUGUCAAAUAUUUUAUAAUGUACACUUCUGUUCUGUUCUGUAAACUAUUCUGAAUCACAAAGGAGUACCAAGCGACGUUUUUUGGAAUCGUAGGGUUUUUACUGAUAAAUUAUAGUUGCUUCAUUUGUUUGAAAACCUAAGUAGCAUAAUAGAAAGAAUAUUUAAUAAGAAAUCAGAAAACUUGGUUACCAAUAUCUAAGUAUGAGGAAGUCACUUGACCUCUCUCAGCACCAUUUUUCUUAUCUGUAAAAUGAGGCUAAUAACCCCAUUUAUUAUUGUGUUUCAUGGAAAAUUAUCUUGAGAAUCUAGUGAAUCAUGCAAAAACUGCUUUGUAAAUAGAGUAAGCAUUUUACAGAGUUGAGACUGAUAUGCUGCUCGUGGGCAUACCAUUAUAGUUACAAUGGGUGAGAAUUUUUUUCUCAUGAGUUCUCCUUUCAUUCCUAUGCAGAGGGAGUAGAAAAAGAUGUGUAUUUUCAUAGACCCAUAGCAAUUCUUGAUUGUUGCAUAUCCUCUGCUUGUUUGGGGAGGGUGGGGGCGGGGGCGGGGUCUUGUUCUGUUGACCAGGGUGGAAUGGCAUGAUCACAGCUUACUGCACCCUGAACUCCCCAGUCUCAAGCAAGCCUCCCACUUCAGCCUUCUGCUAGCUGGGGCCACAGGUGCACACCAUCAUGCCUGGCUAAUUUUUUAUUUUUUGUAGAGACGCGUCUCCCUCUGUUGCCCAGGGUAUAGGUUUCAUACUUCAGGGCACAGCGAUCCUUCCGCCUCGGUGUCCCAAAGUGCUGGAAUUACAGGCGUGACCCUCCCGUGCCUGGCUUCCUCUGCUUUUUUUUCCCCUCAACUAUUGUUCUUGACAAGUGGAAAUAAUGUUCCUGCAGACGACCUAAUCGAAAGUCACGUUUGUGCUUUUUGUGCAUCUUUGAAGUAGAUAUUUAAUUGUAUUUUCAAAUACUUGUACAUUUUCUAGGUUCAUGUAUUUUCAGUUGUGCUGAUGGAGAGAAUAUAAAUUAUGACUAUAUAAGGUAUGAAUAUUUAUGUUGUCAACGUUUUCUUGAUAUCCUUAGGUUAAUUUCACAUGAGUUCAAACCAUAAUUAACCAAAUGCGAAAAUACUUGUUCCCCAAAACGUAAAGUAGUCCAUUUUACUGUUACAGUUUUCAACCUUAUAUGACAAUUUCCUAUCAAUCCAAAAUGGCAUAAACCCAAACAUUGAAAAUCUAACAGCAGUUUAAAGUACAGUCACCUGUGCCUACUUCUAAAGUUAAAUAGCUAAAACAUAAAAUGUGAAUUAAAUUUCAGUGGACACCUUUUAUAAUACUAAGAUCGGGAGAGACUAAUACUUGGGCUGAAGGAUAUCAUGUGUUCCAAGAUUUAAAACAGAACUAAAGAAAGAAACAAACAGGAAGGCAGGGCCGGAAGUUCAGUGCAUGAGCAGAAGGAAGUCUAGAACUCGUCUCAUAGCACCUUGUUCACCACGCUGUGCUUGGCGUGCGUGUGUAUCGGGUGGGGGGAGGGGGAGACCCAAGGAGGAUGUCAAGAAAAGGGCAAAUGUGUCUAACCGAAUCUGAAAAAUACAAAAUAGGGUUAAAUAAUUUUAUAUUAUCGAGGGGCUAUUUAUGAUAAAACAAUGGUAAAGUGAACAAUGAUGACUGCAAAACUCUGACUGCUUGUACAAGAUUGCCAAACAUUUGUCUAACCUUGGCCAUUACCUUUAUGCAUUUAUAUAGAUAGAAAAUAGCUGACCUAUUUUCUUACAUCGUUAGAGAGAAUAUGGAUAAUAAUGCCAAAAUAGUGAAAUUAUUUGCUCCAGGUAAAAUGCUUUUACCAAGUUUCUUAGAAAUCAAAUAUAUUUGAUUUUAUAUUAAAGUUAUUUUAUUUAAAAUUUAAUUUAAAUUUUAAAUUAAUAAAUGAUGUCACUAAUUACUAAAUAUUUUAAGUAAAUGUGGUUUUUUUUGUGACAGAUUCUUGCUCUGUCUCCCAGGCUGAAAUGCAGUGUGUGAUCUCAGCUCACUGCAACCUCCGCCUCCUGGGUUCAAGCAAUUCUCCUGCCUCAGCCUCCCAAGUAGCUGGGAUUACAGGCAUGCACCACCAUGCCCAGCUAAUUUGGUACUUUUUAAAAAUCGAAACAGGGUUUCUCCAAGCUGGUGAGGCUGGUGUCGAACUCCUGAUCUUGAUUGAUCCGCCCACCUCGGUCUCCCAAAGUGCUGGGAUUACAGGCGUGAGCCACUGCACCCGGCCUAAUUUUUGUAUUUUGAGUUGAGAUGUGGUUUCACCAUGUUGGCCAGGCUGGUUUCCAACUCCUGACCUCAAGUGAUCCAUCUGCCUCGGCCUCCCAAAGUGCUGGGAUUGCAGACAUGAGCCACCAGCACCAUAAAUAUGAUUUUUUAAAAAAAGAAUGAAAACUGUCCAAUUCUUAUCGUAAACUUGUUUCGGAUGGAAACUGCUCAUCUUGAGCUGCAUUCACACUCCCAAUUCAUGUGGUGAUGUGAUGGUAAGUGUAAGCCAAAACGUUUAAUCAGAAUUUUUUUUUUUUUUUUUUUAAAGAUGGGGUUUCACCAUGAUGGCCAGACUGGUCUUAAACUCCUGACCUCAUGUGAUCCACCCACCUCGGCUUCCCAAAGUGCUAGGAUUACAGGCGUGAGCCACCGCGCCGGGCCUAAUCAGAAUGUUUUUAAACGUGGCCUUUAUAUGCAUAAUCGUGGCAAACAAGAUUUCCCGAGCCUGGAAACUUGAGGGUUUCUUCUAGGUUUUCAAAAGCCUCGAGCAUUCCAUGCCUUUUUGUGUGGCAACCAAAACAGUCUUUUAUAUUAUUGUUUAGAUAACUUUACCAGAACAAAGUCUUUUUAUCCCACUUUACGUCAUUAAAAAAUGAAUCUGUGGGUUAAUAAAAUCAUUUUAAGAGUAUUUUUGUUCGAUUUUAUACGGCACUUGGUUCAGUUAAGAACAGAGCUUUCAAAGCAGCUUUAAAGAGUGCACUGUAUUUGAAUAAUUUCCUUAUUCUCAUACAGUGAGAAGAACUGGCAAGACUAGAGAUCCGUUCACAAACUCACUCAUUUGUUUCUCAGUAACUAUCUAGAAAGAUUUCACUUGGAAAUGCAAAGGAAACAUGUAGUGGUUUUUUUGUUUUUUUUUUUUUUUUCGAGGCGGAGUUUCCCUCUCGUUACCCAGGCUGGAGUGCAAUGGCGUGAUCUCGGCUCACCGCAACCUCCGCCCCCUGGGUUCAGGCAAUUCUCCUGCCCCAGCCUCCUGAGUAGCUGGGAUUACAGGCACGCGCCACCAUGCCCAGCUAAUUUUUUGUAUUUUUAGUAGAGACAGGGUUUCACCAUGUUGACCAGGAUGGUCUCGAUCUCUUGACCUCGUGAUCCAUCCGCCUCGGCCUCCCAAAGUGCUGGGAUUACAGGCUUGAGCCACCGCGCCCGGCCUAUGUAGUGUUUUUUUAAGAAAAAAAAAUCCUCUUUCAGCACAGGGUGCUGAAAAAAGAAAAAACUGAAAGACUACAAGGGUUUUAGUUUCUGUUUCUUUGUUUUUUAGAGACAGAGUCUUGUUCUGUCACCUAGGCUGGAGUGCAGUGACCUCAGACUCUUGGUCUCCAGCGAUCCUCCCACUCCAGCCUCCCAAAGUUCUGGGAUUACAGGCAUGAGUCACCACGCCCAGCCUAUAAAGCCUUUAAUCUUAGAUUCUGUGUAUUUUUAAAUGGUAGGAUACAAUCCCAACCAGAAGUUAACUCUUGGAAAUUUCACAGCUGAUAGUCAUCUCUGCUUAGAAUCUUUCUCAAGUAUGAGUAUUUUCACCAAACUUUACUGAGCCACUGAUCUUCUCUUGAUCUUAACAGAGUGAUCUCCCGAACCUUAAUGAACUGCUGCAUGGCCUGGUAUUUCUAUACUGCUAAUGACUGAUGCAAGUAGACACAUGAGUGAUGAGCUGUGACAAUCUAUAUCAGUCAUUACAGUCUAGUUCACUUCCUGCACAUAAUCCUGGUAGAAAAUAAAUAAAAACAAAAUUUUAAGGUAUAAAAAAUUUGUGUACCUUAUUAUUUCUGGGUACAAUUUUGUCUUUUUAAAAAAAUAGUGCCUAAAACAUUGUCUUAUCUGUGUGACAUUCAGUGACUAUGAAUUGAUGGUUAUUGUGUUGAAUUACUCAUUUUAAGUGUGGGUUCCACAUACCUGGUUUUAAUUUAUGCAUCUCGUGGAAGAAUAAACAUGUUUCAUCAUCAUCAUUUCUUGGCUUUUUUUUCAGGAUGACAGCCAAUGGAAGUAGGAUAAGUGUAAGCUUUUUGAAGUAUGUUAUUAAUGUUAUCAAAUAGAUUUUAAAUAAUGAAUAAAAAGAAUGAGAAUGAGAA